CGCAUCUCUAAAGUGACCGCUGCGAGAUUGGAAGAUCGUCGUGAAGAAGAGCCCGAAUGAUGCCAACGCAAAACUACAACACACUGAGUGUCAAAAGGUUGUAAAGCGAGAUGCAUUCCUCAAGGCUAUCGAGGUUGAGGAUGCGCCGUCUGCCGCAGAAGGACUGGACAUUGACAAUAUCAUCGUGGAGAAGGACUAUGAUGGCGUCAAGCUAGAGAAAGAGAUGACGCAAGAAUUCAUCGACGACAUGAUACAGCGGUUCAAGGACGGGAAGAAGAUUCACAAGAAAUACGUCUAUCAAAUCAUCCUCGCCGUGAAAGAAUUGGUAUAUAACGAGCCGACCAUGGUCGAGACACACGUCAAAGAGGGUCACAAACUGACAGUAUGCGGUGACACACACGGCCAAUACUUUGAUCUUCUGAACAUCUUCAAACUCAAUGGAUUCCCCACCGCAACCCACGGCUACCUCUUCAACGGCGACUUUGUGGACCGCGGCUCCUGGUCCACCGAGAUCUGCCUCCUCCUCUACGCCUACAAGUGGCUCUUCCCCACCUCGUUCUUCCUGAACCGCGGCAACCACGAGACGGACGACAUGAACCGCAUGUACGGCUUCGAAGGCGAGUGCCGCCACAAAUACACCGAGCGCAUCUUCAAGCUCUUCAGCGAAUCCUUCUCCGCACUGCCCCUGGCCACGCUCGUCGGCGACAAGUUCUUCGUCCUCCACGGCGGGCUUUUCUCGGACGACAACAUCAGUCUGGACGACGUCCGCAAGCUGAACCGCCACAAGCAGCGCCAGCCAGGCCAGAGCGGACUGAUGAUGGAAAUGCUCUGGACAGAUCCGCAGCCGGCGCCCGGUCGCGGACCCAGCAAGCGCGGCGUCGGCCUGCAGUUCGGCCCAGACGUCACGAAGCGGUUCUGCGAGAGGAACGGGCUCGAGGCCAUUAUUCGCAGCCACGAGGUGCGCAUGGAAGGCUACGAGGUCGAGCACGACGGCAGGUGUAUCACAGAUACUGCGACUCGACCGAGAACAAGGGCGCAUACAUCAACAUCGAAUCAAACCUCAAGCUCCAAUUCCACAAAUUCGACGCCGUCCCGCAUCCGCCCAUCAAGCCGAUGGCAUAUGCCAACCAAGGCCUGCAAGGUUUGAUGUAAAAACAGCCGUUUUCCGUUCCACCGACCAUCAAGGAACGAGGGAUAGUCGUGAUGGACUUCAAAACGGGGGGGGCACCACGUCCUAUG